CUGACCAAUCGACGGAGCAAAUCUGGGUCUACAGCUUAAAGAUAAUGGCGGACCGAAUACCCAGAAUGCGUCUGAGGAGCAGUUACAACAUGCCUAUGCUUGGGUUGGGAACGAACAACUGUUCCAAGGUCAGCGAGGUUGGGAAUCUUGUGAGGACGGCCAUACAGAUAGGGUACCGCUACAUCGACACCACCUCGGUCCACGAAACACAGCAGGAAAUAGGAGACAUUAUUAUACAACUGAUCAACGAUGGAAGGAUAAAGCGGGAAGAGCUUUUCAUUGUGGCGAAGAUUUUCUGCCACUGUCACGAACCGGAGCAAGUCGAGCCAGAGUGCCGAAUGUCACUGGAGGCCCUGAACAUGGAUUAUAUCGAUCUCUAUCUGUUACAGUUUCCCAUGGUCCUAACAGACAAGGAGCGAACCAAGUUGACUACAACCGACUUCCUGGACACUUGGAGGGCCAUGGAGAAGCUGGUGGACAAGGGCCUUGUCAGGUCUGUCGGCGUCUCCAACUUCAAUAAACACCAACUGGAGAGGAUUCUCAAAAUGGACGGUCUCAAGUACAAGCCUGCGAACAACCAGAUGGAGAUAACUCCGUCUCUGUCCCAGGACGAGCUUCUACAGUUCUCCUUGCAAAACGGCAUCUCCACUACUGGCUGUGAGCCAUUUGCGACUCCAGGACAAGCAAAAAUGCCCAUGGAAUCGCACAGCUGCCAGGAACAUCCAACAAUUGCUACUAUCGCAAAUAAAUACGGAAAAUCAGCCGCACAGGUGAUCCUCAGGUGGGGCAUACAGAGAGGCUAUGCUGUGGUUCCCAAGGCAACGAAUCCAUUUUGUCUGGUCCAGAGCAUGGACAUAUUCAACUUUGAACUCUGCACGGAUGACAUGCAGGCAAUAAAAGCUCUGGACAAGGAUACAGAGUACAUUUCAACAAAUACCAAAUAAACACACGGUCGACA